GACUACACGAACCACCCACUGCUUUCCUCUCUUGAGGCGCAGAUUCUCACCCAGUACCAACGGCUCUCCCUCACGUUGCUCCAGCUAUCGCGGGAGAUCCAGCAGUUAACAAACACCGAGAGCAGUGCGUUAUUGGAAAACUUGCGUACAUUAGAGACGAAACUCAGCUUGGUGUUUACGUUGUUUAAAGGUGCUGUAUACACAUUAUUCUUGCAACAGGAGGAAAACGUCGGCGAACCAGAACGCGAUGCGGCAGUGUACUAUGAAAACUCCGAGGCCGAG